UCUACCUUUUUUGUCUCCUCUGAAGUGUGUCCCCGUGUCUAUUUAUAUUAAUUCCUUUCUGUUUGUCUGUCUCCUCUGUCCUCUGGCAGGGCAAUAGAGAGCGGGAGGACCACAACAACCACAGAGCUUUUGCGUGUCCUUGUCAACAGUCACAGUGGGAAUUCACAGUGCUGUCAGUAAACCUAGCCAGCGUUCUGCUCAGGAUAACAGGCAGGAAGAGCAGCUACUGCUACGUUCCCACCUCCUGGAUGUAUAUCAAUUGCAGCUGAUAUUAAUAUCUCCUAGACCCUAUUUGUGUAUGAGCCAGUGAAACAAAUCUCUCAAACACUGCAGGCUGGUCUCUGCUUUGUCCCGAAGGAAGCAGCAGCAGCUCUGUGUUUGUCUUUUGGUUGGUGGCAGAACAGGAACAUGUGGUCACGCAGCAGCCAAUGCCGAGCUGAGAGCAGAUGAUCAGAGCUGUCAGAUCAGCAGCAGCAGCAGGACUGGCAGCGAGGAGUUCUGCUGCCCCUCUGCAGAAAGAAAUCCCCCCUAAAAAAGACAGGACAGAAAAGAGGAGGUGGAGAGGCGGGGGGAGUUGUUUGGUUCUGGAGUAGAAGAUGAGGAUGCGGUGGGAAGGGGAUGUUGCAGAAGUGGCUGCAGAGAAGCAAAAACAAACAACAGGACAUGCUGUGAGAUUCAAGUCUCAGGAUGUAGGCACUGUAUCCGAAGAGUCCUCAGUCAAAGUGUGUCUGUAAACGCACCAUAACAUCAGAGGACUUGUUGUGUUUCAAGGAGAGCGAAGGUGGAGAGGUGGCCCCAUCACUUCCACUUAGGAUGACAAAUUAGUCUUUAUUCAGCAAGGAGCGAAGGAUCACCUCGAGGAUCAGAUGUUGUCCACAGCUCAGCAGAUGCUGCAAGAUAGCCGCUCCAAGAUCGAGCUGAUCCGACUGCAGAUUAUCAAAGUCACCCAGGCUGGCAGCGGCAUCGGUGGGGAUGGUGGCGGGAACCAAAACAGCCCCACUCAUAGAGAGAUCUCUGCUGUCAGUGUCAGUCCUGCGGACGCUCAUUUGGCCGAGUUGCAGCACUACAUGCAAAGAGAAACAGAUGCAUUGAUUCUGGCCAAAGAUGUGGUCAAACAGCUACAGGGGAUCCCAACGAUGGACCAGAAGGCUCUGGCUGAAGCUCAGUCUCGGGUGCAGGAAUAUUCCCAGAAGCUGGAUCUUCUGCAUCUAUCACUGGAGAAACGCCUGAAGGAAAAGCACCAGAAGCCUCUACAGCAGCCUGCAAAGGGGCUCGACCUUUCAGGGGGACCUCCAUCACCCCUGAACCCCAUACGUGGGUGUCCCCUCUCCUCCUCGCCGUCCAUUUUGUCCAUCAAACCUGCAUCUUUAACCGGAAAACUUGAAGUCAGUCUUCUUGGAUGUGAGGAUUUAUUGAACCCAAACUCGGAGCAAGAAAACCCUCGGAGUCCCACUGAAGACAGUUCACAGAGUCCUCACAAGACCUGCAGCUUCUCCACAGAGAUCAGUGCCGUGCUGCGGCUCGAUGGAAGAGUGGUUGGACGGACAUGUUGGGCGGCCAUUGGCAGGGUGAGCUGGGAUCAGACCUUCUACAUCCAGCUGGAGCGGUCUCGAGAGCUGGAGGUAUGUGUAUUCUGGAGGGACUGGAGGGCGAUGUGUGCAAUUAAGUUCCUGCGACUGGAGGAGAUGAUGGACAACUCAAAUCACAACCAGGGGUUCAGCCUGGAGCCGCAGGGACUCCUCUACACCAAGUUUCAGUUCAUCGAUGCUGUGGUGGAGCGGCAGCCCAAACUGAGACGUCAGCGAUGCAUCUUCACCAAAGAAAAAGGGAAGAACUUUCUCCGAGCUGCCCAGAUGAACAUGAACUUUGCCACGUGGGGUCAUCUGAUGAUGAGCAUCCUCCCUCGCUACAGCUCAUUCACCACCUUCAGCUCGCAUCUGUCCACCACCUCCGACUCGGUGGCCGAUGAUGCCUCGCAUCCGGUUGAAAAGGAGCCUCAAACCACUACUUCACUGCCAAGCAAAGCUCCGGUAAUCAGCUUCCCCGAGGAUCCGCCGCCUCCCGUCGGUCUGGACCAGGGGGAUAACCCCCCCGGCAUCGUCACCACAACACACAAGAUGUCACCUGUGCCUGCGCUGCAAGAAAAACUGUUAUCCAUAAACACCACUGAAGGAAGUGAGGAUCCGCCUGUUUCUGCUCCAAAGAUGCAGAUGGAAGAUUUCAAAUACAUCUCGGUUCUGGGACGUGGACACUUUGGAAAGGUUCUUCUGGCAGAGUUUAAGAAGACAGAAAAACUGUAUGCCAUUAAAGCCUUGAAGAAGAGAGACAUCGUGACUCGUGAUGAGGUGGACAGCCUCAUGAGCGAGAAAAGGAUCUUUGAGAUGAUCAACGCCUCCAGACAUCCGUUCCUGGUCAACCUCCACGGCUGCUUCCAGACCAGCGACCACGUCUGCUUCGUCAUGGAGUAUUUACCAGGCGGCGACCUCAUGAUCCACAUCCACAACGAUGUCUUCUCCGAGGCUCAGACCAGGUUUUAUUCAGCGUGCGUCGUGCUGGGUUUGGAGUUUCUGCAUCUGAAUAAAAUCAUCUAUCGAGAUCUGAAGCUGGACAACUUGCUGAUGGAUGCAGACGGAUUUGUGAAAAUCACAGAUUUUGGACUUUGUAAAGAAGGAAUGGGUCACGGAGACCGAACCUCAACUUUUUGUGGGACUCCAGAGUUUCUGGCCCCAGAGGUCCUGACAGACGACAACUACACCCGAGCGGUGGAUUGGUGGGGGAUGGGCGUCCUCAUCUACGAGAUGCUUGUUGGAGAGUCUCCGUUUCCUGGUGAAGAUGAGGAGGAGGUGUUUGACAGCAUCGUCAAUGACGAUGUGCAGUAUCCAGCUUCUCUUCCUCCUGAUGCUGUCUCCAUCAUGCAGAAGCUGCUGAAGAAGAACCCGGUGAAAAGGCUCGGAGCCGGAGAAAGAGACGCCAACGAGGUCAAAGGAGAGAAAUUCUUCGAGAGGAAUACUGUGCUGCCGUUCCUAUGCAUCACUGUGACAGGCUUUGCUCACUGCCUUGACGAAAGAAACAAGUUAAAGACAUUAAAUCCAACAUUUCAUGUAUUUGUCGGUCACUUCUUCGUAGGAGUCUCCUUUGGCUGACCAGUUGCUACAACACAGGAAGAAAUGCAUGGCACUGUGGGGAACUUGUGUACUAGAAAUUCUGCAGUCAUUAGCAUUAUAAGAGAAGCCAUACGUAGCGUUAUAUAGCCAUAAUAGUGAGAACGUGUCUUUAUUUUUACUUAAGCAAAUUAUAUGCUGUGAUGCUGAGAUCUAAUGAUGACGUUGUAAUAAGAGACCCGGGGAGGGGCGGGGAUAAUGCAUGAAGCUACUUAGACAAACAGAAAAGCCAAUAUUUUCUCCCAUGUUCUCAUUACUGAGCCCGUUUACAUGCACAUUACAAAUCUGAUUAUUUUUUCAACCUAACUUGUUUACUUGAAGCAGUGGGAAGUUGGUCUAUAAACAAAGUAAAGCAUCACAUGUUGUCUAUUCUGCAGGCUUAUUAGCUUCCACGUUAGCAGCUAACACUUAGACUGCGGGCCCGGUGGUUUAACAAAGACUGGCUGUUUUAAAAAUAACAGGAUAGACCAGAGUUUUCUAAUAUUGCAUUUCAGAAAUACACAUAGAUGUGUAAGAUCUGAUAAUUAAAAUGAUAUCAGAUUUGAUGUUCAUGUAACUGAGCUUAACGAUGGAAGCAAAUAUUGGGUUUUAAAGAGUAACUUAACUCAGUACAAUGAAUUAUGUACAACACAAUGUAUUAUAGUAUUAUUUGGUAUUGUCCCAACAUGUAGGCACAGCAAUUGUCUUCCAAAAGUGAGUAAUUCUGUCCUUUUGAUCCCACUACUAAUCAACCAUAAAUUAGGAUAAGAGCAGGCCAAUAUGUAAAGAGAGAGUUCUGUCCGUCUUUGACGCCCUUUAAGGACGAACGUUUGGCUCGUUUUUCAGAGAGCUUGCAGAUGUGUACCCAGAUGUAUCAAACGUAGCAGUGGUGCUGGAAACUGCAGGGGCAGCAGACAGAGCUGCAGGGUAUUUACUGGCCCCACAGACAGACCACCACUGUCUACUGCAUGGUUUCAUGUCUCUUUCUGAGAUCUUGUCCAUCGUUGCUAUGUUAGCUAUUGUCUGAAACUGACGCUGGAACUGGGAAGUGGAGUUUCCACUGGAUUAGACGCUGCCUCUGUUAGCAUGGAGAGCAUAGGAAUACUAGCAUGCUGAAGCUAACUAGAUUAGCUACAAUGUUAGCUUAUCUUACUUAAUUUAAUAUGCUACUGGCACCAACCGCUGACAGCCUAAGGUUCCCGUCAUAAACUAGAAAUAAUUAUAAUAAUUUAACACAGCUGCCAAGAAAGUAUCUGUACUUACUGAUGGGUAAACCACAGUUCUGUUUAACAGUUGUUUUUUUUUAUCAUGACAGUAUUUACAGAACAUUGUGUAUGUGAAUAAACAAACAAACAUAACAGAAGUUCUGUUUAACUGCUUUGGUGAACCUGUGGACUGCCAUCUGCUGGAGAGCAUCUUAUGCCAACAAUUUAUGUUUAUUUUACCAGGAACCACAUUAAAUACACACUUUUUUUUCUUUUCUACAUAGAAACUCUUUAAAACCCUGUAGUUGCCAACAGGGUACCCCACACUCUACCGCUAGCCAGUUAAGACAAGCUAACGUUGUAGCUAAUCCAGUUAGCUUUGACAUGCUACUAACUAUCCAUCCAUCCAUCCAUUAUCUUGACCGCUUAUUCCAUGUGGGUCGCGGGUGAGCUGGAGCCUAUCCCAGCAUUUUAACAGGUGAGAGGCAGGGUACACCCUGGACAGGUCACCAGUCUGUCGCAGGGCGCUACUAACUAUGUAGAUGAUUUAGUAGGUCGUCUAUGUACAUCAUGUUGGAACUCAGAGGUGAACGCUAAACUCUGUACUGCCCUCUGGUGGAUGUAAUGGCUAACAACCAUGCAAACAUAAAGGACAGUAAUGUUUGAAACGGACAUGUCUAUUUAUGUACUAAAGGGGGCAUAAAAGUGUGAUAAACAAAAUAAAAUGAACAUUUACCCUGUAGGAUGUUUGCCAGCUAAGAAACGGUAAUCCCAAGUCGAGGCAGAGGAUCACCAGCUUAGGGAUGCCAGUUGUUAGCCUCUCCAAGCUAAUGCAUACCCAAACUAUAGAUAAUCAAUCCUGUGUUAAAGUUACUUCCCAGAUAGAAUAAGUAGCUGUGCUCUAAUUUACCACUGCUGACUAUUCAGUUGCUAAAUUUGGCUUAUUGUUGGUUAGAUCAAUAGAACAGUAGCUGCCAAGUAUUUAUCUUCUUCUGAUUGCCCAAUAGUCUUAUUUUUGGACUGUUUAUUUUGCCAUACAUAAAUGCCCACUAAAUAAGAAAUACUUCGCAAAGACAGCAAAAUAAUUAUUUUAGCCAGAAAAAAAAGAACCUGUAGAUUAAAUCUGGAUGAACUGUGUACCUACAAAAAAGAGGAGUGAAAAUCCAACUGGUGAGAGGGUACUCCUGAUUUUAAGCUAUAUUAUAAGUUAAGUUGCUCUUUAAAUAAACAGAAAUACUGGUCAGAGACUCAGAGCUAAUGAGUUUAAUUCUUCAAUAAGACCAGUAUUUCCAUUAAUGGUAAGUCCUGCUGAAGUGUCCCUGAGUUUUGUCUUGCGGUGGAUAACAGGCAGCUGAAUGAGGAAGCUGUUCCAGGACAGUCGGGUGGUUUAGCUGUUGUAGCACUUUACGUUAUGCUGCUGAAUAUUACGUGUUAUAUGUGUGUCAGUCCUGUAUUUAUGUGUGUAUGUGAAGCAUCAU